AUGGUCGAGCCCGACGGCCCUGUCACUAUCUACAUCAGAUACAGCCGCUCGCCUUCUCCAUGGGAUGACGAGGAGUGGAAGCUCAUGGGGCCGAAUUCGUUGAUCCUUCGACACCGGCAUUGGGCGCAGUGGCAGAAACACCAACAACAGCUUGAGCAAAGGCAGCCGAGUGACCAGCCCCCAGCUGCGCAAGAUACCCGUGGUAUCUCAGCGCACCCUGCAUGGAACAGAGACAAAGACCUUCCACCUCUUCCUUCUGAAGCCUACGACAGCAAUCCUGGGAGUGCGAGUCAUGUCGAUGGCCUACUGGAAGCCUCCACCGUCGAACCUAUCGACCCGCCGGUCCACAACGUAGAGUCUUCGUGCAUUCGCAGUGCUUCAACGCCGCCCAUUGCCGCCUCAAUCGUGGUGCCGCCAGUUCUUGCUACGUCAAGCGAUGCGCCGACGCCAGGCCCCUCUCAGCCUGCACGGCAAGCGCAGCACGGCAACGUAUAUUUAAGCUCUAUUGUGCCUUCCAGUCGCCAGGAGCGAAGCAUCCGCAGCCGAGGCGAGAAGACCAGCUGGUUCGCAUCCUCGGGCAGCGAGCGGCUACAGGCUCCUCCACCAAUUCCCCAGGCGUGCGUUUGCGACCUUGGUCCUCAGUCGAGCUGGGCGCUCGGCAUCCCUACCUAA